AUGUGCAGAGUCCACAGCAGCCCAAGUUUGCAGAAGGUGCAGGACAGCUUGGCGGAAGAGUUGCGGCCAUUUCAGCGCUGGCCGGACAUCUUAGUGCUGGCCAAUAGCAGCUGUCGCAGUUGCUCCUUCUUUCUGGCGGCCUGGGCUGCGAAGCCUUUUGCCCAGGGUGACGUGGUGAUUCAGGAGACGUUGCCAUGGAUGCAGCGAAGCGGCUUGAAGGACAUCGCGGCCAAACAGGACUCGAGCGCUUCUACGACUAUUUUUGAGGUCUCCACCCAACGUCCGAACACGGGUCGCCGGGAAAUGCACCUUGCAGCUCCGCUGCUUCCCACGAGCCUGCUGCAUUACACUCACCUCCUGGACCACCACGCACUGGAAGAGCAGCUGCCUGCCUGGGAAGCAGAGCGCCCGCCACUUGUUGUCUUGCGCUGCGAAGUUGUCUUUCAACCCUACCAGCUGCCGCUGCUGCGGCUCACGGCGGCGGAGGACAUGCAGCCCUUCGGCGGGGAGCUUGCGGUGGCAGUGGCAAGAUGCUGCGGGCCAGCCGCGAACUCCAAGCAGCCAGACAUCGGUGAGAAGGAUGCUUCAGAUCCGCUGCUUAGCGCGCAAGCCUUCAUGACAUUAGACUGCUAAGUGUGCCGUGUAAAGGCAGCGGCGCGGUCCAGGCGCAGCACGAUGCGGUGCACUUGUCCAGUUGCAAGGAGGCGGACAUCUACAUGAACGGGCGCGGCCUUGUCGCUGCGCGGUGCUCAUUUCCUCUUCCCGACCGG